CUUCCCUAAUCAUUCAUUGCUGCUCUAGCGUCGUCAUCUGUCAUCACGGAUGCAUACGUGCCGCAGUGGGUGUCUCUAGCCGUAGUGUUAGUGUGGGUAAGUGGGGCCCACUUAUGCCACGUCAGCCGCACCCGGAAGUCCUCGCGGGAAUUGAUUUCAUGAGCGAGCGAGCUACUAGUGGCUAAUCAUAGUUUACUCACUAAACCACCAAGUUAUGUUGGUAUCCGGCCGGACCGAGGGACUAAAUUGGCCCUUUGUGAGAGGCGAUGGAUGAACUUGAGUUUAGAGGCGAAGUGGAUGAGAUACACGACUUUGCUCUAAAAUUUAAAUGAACAACUUCCUCCCAUCCGUUUGAAAUUGUAGAUCAUUUUAGCAAAUCUAGAUGCAUAACUUUUACUAUAUAUAUCUAGAUAAUUAUUUAUCUAAGUACAUAAUAAAAUUAUAUAUAUAUCUAAAUUUGCAAAAUGAUCUACAAUUUGUAACGAAGUAAAAUUCAGUUUUUGCAAUCAUUAUAGGGAAUUCCGGACAAUACCUCUUUGUUCCCUUAAGGUAAGUUCAAGGUAGCUCUAUAGUCUUUUCCAUCACCUGCGAUCUCAAUCAUCCCACCCACUACCACCGUUAAGCUAAUCUUCCUUCCAGACAUCUUUCUUAAAACUUUCAUAACUUUGCGUUGAACAGCCCAAACCCCAUGCUCCAAUCUCGUUGUUCGCUCGUAGUUUUUAGAAUGACAUGAGAUUAUCUCUGUUAGCAUCAGCCAACCAAUAUUACUUUUCUCUCAUAACAAAUCAACACCAGCUACCAACUAGAAGCCAGUCACAGCCAGCCGAAUAGAGACAUACUAUAUAUCAUUAAAAGAGUUCAAUAUCCCAAGAUCAACGUUGUCGAAAAAAUUUAAAACUUGACGAAACAAUUUGAAAUAACUCAGUGGUAAGAGCCCAGGACUCGUACGCAUGCCAGAGCAGCCAUGAUCAGGGAAAGGCAAGUCAAGGUGUGCAAGGAUUCUCAGUUCACGAGGGUACGCAGCGAAAACAAUAUAAUUCCGGUGAAUCAAAAUAGGUUUUUCUUUUACAGGAUUGACCAUUCAUACUCUCUGACUGACUAAUCAAGCUUGCCUUCCAACCACCCGUCUUCUUCCUCCGGCUGUUCCUCUUCCUCCCCGUCUCUCUGUCUCUCCAGUCAAAUUGUCCACGCGGCUAUCGUCUCUCCCUCUCCAUUGCCAUGUCGCAGCUUUGUAAUAUUAGGCAGGCGUAGCUAGGACGAUCUGAGCAAGCCAUCGAAAAUUAAAUUGAGUUUACACGCAAGAGCAGAGACCAGUAGUCUGAACUGGCUGCCUACAUGCGCCAGCAGCUCUUCCUCCUCUUCCUCUUCCUCUUCCUCUUCCUCCCCCAUGCUACCUUCUGCGCGACCGCCGGCGCCGGCGGCGGCCGGUGCGACCGCCGGUGCGGCGGCAGCUUCGUCGCGCCGUACCCUUUCGGCUUCUCCGGCGACUGCCCCAUCCUCCUGGGCUGCAACGCCACCACUUCCACGCCCCACCUCCCGCGCAGCACCGCGGCGGCGCCGUACCCGGUCGUCUCGUUCAACUCCACCAGCUCCACCUUCCUCGUCUCCCUCGCGCUCUCGUGCAACCGCACCGUCCGCGAGGCGUCGGCGUCGCUCCGCGGCGCCCGCUACGACGUCUCGUCCCGCACCACGCUCUUCCUCCGGGGCGGCUGCCGCGCCCCCUCGCCCUCCAACUGCUCCGUGGUCCUGCCCGCGACCUUCACCUCCGUGAACCUCAGCACGCCGCAGUGCGGCUCCGGCGUCGCCAACUGGACGUGCGUGGCCUCGGCGCAGCCGGCGGCGGGCAGCGACGAGGCGGCGAGGGGGCAGGGCCAGUUCCUGAACUGGACGGCCGUCAACGAAUCCCGGUGCGAGGACGCGCUCACGGCGACGGUGUACUGGGGCGAGCAGCUGGGAGAGGGAGUGCCGUCGCUGGAGCUCGCCGUGGCGGAGCUGGGCUGGUGGCUCGACGGGGCGUGCGCGAACGCCACCGGCGGCGGCGGCGCCCGGUGCGCGCAGAACGCGACGUGCCACGACGUGGUGACGCCGAGCGGGGCGCCGGGCCACCGGUGCGCGUGCCUGGUGGACGGAAUGUCCGGCGACGGGUUCGCCGCCGGCGAGGGGUGCCACUUCGACGCGGAGCGUCCCAAGAAGAAGACUCUCCUCGUAGUUGCAGGUGUUAUGGCGGCCGUCGCGGCGGCUGGCGGCGCGCUCGUGCUGUGCUGGGUGCAAUGCCGGCGGUGCCGGGCCGGGCGGUCCGGCUCGGAGCGGCUGGCGGUGAUGCGGCUGCUGUCGGAGGCGGCGACGUCGAGCGGCGUGCCGGUGUACUCGUACGGCGAGGUGGCGCGCGCGACCAACUCCUUCUCCCACACGCACCGCCUGGGCACGGGCGCCUACGGCACCGUGUACGUCGGCAAGCUCCCGGGCAGCGCGCCGGCGCUGGUGGCCAUCAAGCGCCUGCGCUGCCGCUACCACCACGAGGACGACGACGCGGCGGCGGCGGCGCUGCUGCUCAACGAGAUCAAGCUCAUCUCCUCGGUGAGCCACCCGAACCUGGUGCGCCUCCUCGGCUGCUGCCUCGACCGCGGCGAGCAGAUCCUCGUCUACGAGUACGUACCCAACGGCACGCUCUCGCAGCACCUGCUCGACGGCGGCCGCCGCCGCCUGCCGUGGCGCGCGCGGCUCGGCGUGGCCGCCGAGACGGCCGCCGCCAUCGCGUACCUGCACGGCGUGCGGCCCCCCAUCUUCCACCGCGACGUCAAGUCCAGCAACAUCCUCCUCGACGCCGCCCUCCGCCCCAAGCUCGCCGACUUCGGCCUGUCCCGCGCCGCCGACCGCCUCGGCGAGGCCUCGCGCUCGCACGUCUCCACCGCGCCGCAGGGCACGCCCGGGUACCUCGACCCGGAGUAUCACCAGAACUUCCACCUCUCCGACAAGAGCGACGUCUACAGCUUCGGCGUCGUGCUGCUCGAGCUCAUCACCGCCAUGAAGGUCGUCGACUUCGACCGCCCGCCCGCCGAGAUCAACCUCGCCUCCCUCGCGCUCGACCGCAUCGCCAAGGGCAGGGUCGCCGAGAUCGUCGACCCGGCCAUCCUCGACGGCGGCGAGGAGUGGGUCAUGGAGUCGGUCCGGCACGUCAGCGAGCUGGCGUUCCGGUGCCUGGCGUUCCACAAGGACGCCCGGCCGGCCAUGAGCGAGGUGGCCGCCGAGCUGCGGCAGAUCAGGGACGCCGCCCCUGCGGACUCCGAUUCCGACGACCCUGGUGCGCCCAGGCUCAGGCGGCCUACAUUGGACGUGGACGUCCAGGUCGACGUGAGCUUGGACGGCCCGGACACGGUGGGGGAGAAGGCGGUGGUCUCGCCGGUGUCGGUGCAGGAGGUGUGGGUCAGCGACCAAAGCUCGCCGUCGACCAACGGCUCCAUGCCACGCUUUGUUGCAUAAGCUAGUUCUUGUACAUUGACGAGGAAAACAAUGUAAUUUAUUUACUAAAAUUUUUGUUCUCUCGCUCAUUUUCUCUAGUAUAGAAUUCAUUGUACAAGAUAACAUCCAUUGUUGUAUAAGAUAAGGGCAACGUAUCUGGUGAACCAA